ACAGUGACAAAGACAUUUUGACGUUCGGCAUGUCAACAAGUAGUGCUCGGUGCUCUUAUCAGACGGUCCAAUUGUAACACAGUCGAUCAUUCUGAAGGUCGUGACAAGGCUCUCAACGGUUUUCUAUCGACACCAAAAACUAUUCACGAAAAGCGCAAUGCCCGCUCCUCGGAUACUUUUAAUUGCUUGCGGCUCAUUCAGUCCGCCCACUCCAAUGCACCUUCGUAUGUUUGAAAUCGCACGGGACCACUUUCAACAGACUGGGAGCCAUGAAGUAAUCGGGGGAAUAAUGUCCCCCGUGCACGACGGGUACGGGAAAAAGGGUUUGGCGGCGGCCAGACAUCGCUGUGCCAUGGUGAAAUUAGCUCUCCAGUCGUCCUCGUGGAUCCGUUUGUCUGACUGGGAGGUGAGUCAGGACGACUGGUCGCGGACGAUGACGACGUUGAAGUACCACCAGAACUUCGUCAACAAUUACCUGAACGACACAAACGGAACUGUUAAUGAAAUCAUUCCCGGGUGGCUUCCAAGCGGAAUUCGGUCACGCCGAGACACAAUCCAAGUGAAGCUUCUAUGCGGUGCGGACUUGUUGGAAUCGUUUGCGGUCCCCGGUCUUUGGCAGGAGGAAGAUAUUGAAGAAAUUCUAGAAAACCAUGGACUUGUGGUCAUCUCGAGGUAUGGAUCAAACCCCGAGAAGUUCAUCUUCGAAUCCGAUAUCUUAACUCAGUACAGGAAACACAUUCAAAUUGUGACGAAUUGGGUCCCGAAUGAAGUGAGUUCGACGUUGAUUCGCCGACUCCUAGGACGCGGUCAGUCUGUGAAAUAUCUGAUUGACGACCUGGUCAUCGAUUAUGUCUUGAAAAAUGGACUCUACAAUUCCAAUGCGCCUAAGUACAUUUUGUCGCCGAACCAAAACCAACUGAUCGCAAAUCAGAAUUUCCUGAACGACCAAUACGCGACAAUGAUGACAACGACGCGCUCCACACCGACCAGUGAAUGCGAAGUUGACAUGGACCAAGGUGAACUCCUUUCGCCCACAAAAUCAUCCAUGACAGUGAAACUCGACAAUGACCGCACGAAUGUUUUCUGCUGCGGAAAUGAAGGAAUGAAACUCAAGUCGCUGCUUAGUCGGCCUGGUCAGGCGGUUCAGGUGAUCACAACCUCUCCUGAGUCGAGAAGAAAUGAAAACGGUGACGAGGUUAAAAGUAAAAAGCUAAAGAAAUCGUCUGCUUUCGCCGUAUAGGAAUGCGUUUGCUCUAAUUGAUUUUCCAGCUCGCGCUAACGAAGCCAUUUAAUGGUUCAGCUGCAUUCCCUGCUUCCAUUUUGUAAGAACAAGCACGCGCUAAGCCAUGCAUGAACAGUGUAGUAGGAGAAAUAAAAUUCGACAGAAUAAUUGGAUGCAACCUAAUAAAAUUCUCAAAAAUUUGUGAUUUCGUUUUAGCUUAUUUUGUGUUUUAUCUAUAAAAGUAAUGACGCGAUUCGCUUAAUAUUUUUAGAAAAUUUAUUUAUGUAUUGUAAAUAGAUUGGCAAUAAAAACUAAUUUAAUA